CGCAGAGGCGAGCCGAGGCGAGGCGAGCAAUUCGUUUUUCCGCCCCGCUACGCGGAAACUGCGCGCACCGCGCCUCGCCGCUGGCCCGGUCGUCGCCCGCUCCACUCCGGUCCGGGGCCUCCUUCCUUCCAGUGGCGUACGGUUCUCGCCGUCUCGCCUCACGCACGCAACCGCCCGCCGUCCCAUUCCCUUUCGAGUCUCUCCUCCUCCUCAUCCUCUCCAGCCACCCCGCCACUCCUGUCCAUAAAUGGCCGCGGCGUGACAGCGGCAGCGCCCGCCGUUGCAACCUUCCUUUUCGCGUUCGCUCCUCCCCCUCCUUCCUUGCAGAAACCACGGGAAACCCACCGGGGUUUCGUGGCCAUUGCCGAGCAGUACAAGCCAAGAACUAACUGAGGAGGGGAGCGCAAGAACCAAGAUCAAGGGGAGCGCGGCGAGAUGCAGAGCAUGGCGGCGGCUGCUGCUGGGACCUCCUCGUCCGGAUCCUGGGCGGCGCGCCGUUCUUCCGCCUUUCCCACCCUACCCUCGCGCCAUGUCGCCUUCUCUUCCUCCUCCUCUUAUUCUUGCUGCCGCUGGCCGGUCGCCGGCGCCGGCGCCGGCGCGCCGGCGCUCCCGCUCGGCAUUCGCGGAGGCCUGCGGCCGCUGCCCUCGCCCCUGCUCCCGGCGGGCGUCGCCAGGUGCGGCGCCGCAGCGAGGACGCGGACGGCGGCGGCAGCGGCGUCGCCGCUGGCAGAGGGGGGUGAUAAGCCGGAGGGCGCCGGCAUUUCGCGGACGGUUCAGCUCGGGGCCAUGAUCCUCGUCUGGUACCUCCUCAACAUCUACUUCAAUAUCUACAACAAGCUGGUUCUGAAAGCGGUGCCCUUCCCCUACACCAUCACCACCUUCCAGUUCGCUUCCGGAUCCUUCUUCAUCACCCUCAUGUGGCUGCUGAAUCUUCACCCCAAGCCAAGACUCUCCCUUCAACAGUAUGCAAAGAUCCUGCCUUUGGCUUUGAUCCACAUGCUGGGAAAUGUUUUCACCAAUAUUAGUUUGGGCAAGGUGGCUGUCUCCUUCACGCACACCAUCAAGGCCAUGGAGCCCUUCUUCUCUGUCCUCCUCUCUGUUCUGUUCCUAGGGGAGACACCUUCUUUAUUGGUGUUGGGUUCGCUCGUGCCAAUUGUUGGUGGAGUUGUGUUGGCUUCAAUGACUGAAAUUUCUUUCAACUGGAUUGGAUUUUGGAGUGCCAUGGCUUCCAAUCUUACCAAUCAAUCACGGAAUGCUUUUAGCAAGAAGCUUCUUGCUGAUAAAGAGGAAACGUUGGAUGACAUAAACCUCUUCUCGAUAAUGACUCUCAUGGCAUUUUUGUUAUCUGCCCCACUGAUGCUAUCGGUAGAAGGCAUCAAGUUUACUCCAUCGUACCUGCAGAGCACUGGAGUUAAUAUUCAAGAACUGUGUGUGAAAGCAGUACUCGCUGGCACAUGUUUCCAUUUUUACCAACAGGUUUCAUACAGUUUAUUGGCUAGAAUAUCAACUGUGACCCAUUCUGUUGCUAACUCUCUCAAACGUGUGGUGGUCAUUGUGUCAUCAGUUCUCUUCUUCAAAACUCCAAUUUCACCUAUAAAUGCCAUUGGAACUGGUGUCGCUCUUGCUGGAGUUUUCCUGUACUCUCAAUUCAAAAAGGCAAAACCAAAGGCUAAGGCUGCAUGAAUUCAACUUAUACAGCAGUAACAAACUAUAAAAGGAUCGAGAUUUUGGAACUAUCAAUUGAUAAGGUGAAAUAGACUUCUCUUCACGGUAGCGACCACCUGGCGUUUCCCCGGUUUGUCUCGAUCAUAUUCUCUCGUCUGCUUCUUUGGCUGUGAUUGUGAGAAGCCUGUACGUAAGAUUUUCCUCAAGAAGGUUGUGGUGGAUCAACACCGAAAUAGUAUUUUCAGAAGUUUUCAAGAGAAUAUGAAAUUUGGCAUAUACUUAUGGAUGUCUCACUUUAGGUAUAGUUUUGUGUUACAAAUGGCACAAUAUAUGUAGUUUUGUGUUACAAAUGGCACAAUACUUGUAGCUUGGUGAUACUAGGCACACUAGUUUUAGUUUUGUGUUAAAAAUGACACAAUAUAUGUAGUUUUGUACAAUUCACUCAAAAUAUAGCUCCAAGGAAAAAGAAGUGAACGCAGAGCGAGAAUCAAAUAAGGCUUUUUGGAUAUUCUCCUACCACUUCAUGUUCCAGGUGAGAAGGGACUUCAAUAAUUAGCUCCAGUCAAUUCAAAUUAUCUAGCACCACAUUUUUCUCUUCUAGAAAACAAAAUGUAAAUAAAAUCUCAAAAUUGAGUGGUUCUACAGGUACAAACAACUGUUACA